UGUUUAUAUAUAUCAUCGCUGGGAGUAGGCUGAAUUGUGGUGUGAAGGUGUGCUAACCUAAUUUGCCAAUUGCUAUGAAUAGAUACAACUAGUUAUAAUAGGUAGUAAUCCAACAAGUGGGCGCGGUCAAAUUUGUAGCUUUAUUUGGUAGAAAGAAUAUUUAUUUCCAAAUUCUUUUUAUACUCCUUGUUUCCUCAUAUCAAGCAGUAUAAACACUGAAUCCUUGUUCAAAGCAGCAGGGUUUCAGCUGAGUUCAAGUGUUUCUUCUUGUGUACAACGUCAGUGUGCAUUUAUAAUCUUGUGAGAGCAUCAGUAGGAGUGCUGUCUUCUGAGCAUACGUCGAGCAAUCUUGUGGAAUGAAAGAGGAAAUUAUGUCUGAGAGUCGUGUGGCUUUGGCUGUGGGACCACCACUACUCGAGGGAUGGCAGGGGAAUGCAAAUUCAUGUGGGCAAGUUGGGCUGAGCUUAGGCAGUUCCUCCUCCACAGAAAUACUGAAGAACAUGGAGGAGCGUUCAACCUCGACACUCACUGCAAACGGCAAAGAUGUUCACCACUCAUCCAUCAUUUCCCUGGGACUGGAACGAAUGGACAGCGGAAUAAGCGUGCAAUCCAGUACGGACUCAGAGAACAACACAGAGACGAUAUGGAAGAGGCUCCCAUCCUCCCAUUACAAAGGCGUAGUCCCUCAGCCAAACGGGCGCUGGGGAGCCCAAAUAUACGAAAAACACCAGAGGGUAUGGCUCGGAACCUUCGAUAAGGAAGAAGAAGCCGCCAGGGCAUACGACGCUGCCGCCUUCAGAUUCCGCGGCCGCGACGCCGUCACGAACUUCAUCCCUUUCGAUGACACCCACCCGGAGGCCAUCUUCCUCCUCCGCCACUCCAAAGCCCAAGUCGUAGAAAUGCUGAGAAAACACUCGUACCAAGACGAGCUCCACCGUUCCUCCAAGUGCACCAACACAGUGGAGCCCAAAGACAGAGGCUCAAAAUCCAAGGCUUGGGUUGAGUUACUCCCUCGCGAGCACCUGUUCGACAAGGCCGUGACGCCCAGUGACGUGGGGAAGCUGAACAGGCUGGUGAUUCCGAAGCAGCACGCCGAGAAAUGCUUUCCUCUGCGCACCGCCGGGACCGGUGUCCUGCUCAAUUUCGAAGACCCCAAGGGUAAAACGUGGCGGUUUCGAUACUCGUACUGGAACAGCAGCCAGAGCUACGUUUUCACCAAGGGCUGGAGCCGCUUCGUUAAGGAGAACUGCCUCCGGGCCGGGGACGUCGUCAGAUUCCAACGCAGCAUUGCCACCGGCGGUGCCGGUCACCUCUACAUCGCUUUCCGCCGUCGAGCAGAGAUUCCGAUGCCACAUGUCGGUGCCACCCUUGGGAUGGAGAUCCAAAUGUCGUGUUCAGGCUACUACCGGUGCUUGCACGUGUUCUGCCCACCGCCGCCAGUUCUGCAAACGGCGGUCGCACGCAGCUGGAAUCCCUUUCCACCGGGCCCGCCAGUGACGUUGGCGUCAGAUGACGGGAAUUUGUCCCCACCGGAGUGCAUGGAGCUUUCGUCCUCUUCCACUGUUAUGCUGUUCGGAGUCGAUCUGAGUGGAUCUUCGUCCUCCACAUUAAAUCUUUUUCCGUCAAGUACUGAGGGGGAACAAAGCUCGAGGAUGUUAAAGGCGGCGAACCCAUGACUGUCUGAAUUUCCAUUAAAGGCUGUAAGCUUUCUUCUUUGCAAAUUGCCAUGAAAGGCUUACAAUGAUUAAACAGAUUUUAAGUCACACAAAUGAUUCUCAUCGGAAUUCUGGAAUAUGUCAUUGCAGAAUUCGUAACAUUGUCGAUGCAUUAUAUCUGUGUACAGUAUUAACUGUUCAUGUAAUCUCUCUUGUUUGCAAAUUGCCAUGAAAGGAUGUACAGUGAUUAUCAGAUUUUAAACCACACAAAUGAUUUAAACUUAUGCUGGUACGAAAAAAAUGCUCACCUUCAAAUUCA